ACGCGGCUUUGCAGCGGGGCCACUGUCAGCUGUCUAGGUUGGGUAAUUUUGUCACGAUUUAAAACCGGCGUUCGUGCCUGUCAUGUCAGUAUGAUAUUUUUCCGUUGGGUGGGAGAGGUUGGGCCUGUGUAGCUCUAUGCAUGACAGCUUACACCAGCACGAACUGGGAAAUUUCACAUGCUCCUCUGGAAAAUAAAGCCUGAACUUGUGUCACUAUGGCUCAGCAGCAACAAGACUUCACAAUGAACUCCUCUGUCCCCGAGGCCCAGGCGGUGCAGUACAGCUCUGGGGACACCAUGGCGACGGCCUCUGACCUGGACACGAAAGACUCCCUGCACCAGGAAGUGAAGGAGAACGGGAUGCCAGCGGCCGUGCACGUGGUCCCUGGGGAUGGUCCGAUGAAAGUGGAGAGCCAGGAGCCUGCUGCUGAUGAGAUGCCCGAGGAGCCAGUGUCUGGGGCCUCCCACGCUGAGAGCGCCUCCUCUGGUGAGGAGGUGCAACAGGAUGCGACGGCUCCAUCAACAGAAGGCGCGCUGGUAGCGGAGGAUCACGAGAACGUACCGGAGGAAACAGCACCAGGAGGAACCAGCAGUUCUGGAGUGCCCCCUGUCCCAGCGACUGGACAAGCUAAAGCAAAGGCUGAAGCUGAAAAAGAACACACUCCUGCUGAUGUAAAAGUGAAGACCCCCCAAACAUCUGCCACCAAAGUUAGACCCACUUCCACCCCAAAACGACCCUCCUCAGUCACCACCGCCCCCCCGAAAAAAACCGCUCCCGGCCCGACGUCCUCCACUGCGGCCUCCCCCGCUAGCAGACUCGGCUCGGUGACCAGUAAGCCCGGGGCAGGACCCCGCGAUGCCAAGCCGCGGGGUGCCGAAGCAAAGGGUGCAGUGAGGAGCCCGGCCUCCAAGGCUGCAGGGGGCGCUAGAUCUCAGGCUCCCGGGUCCAAAAUCCCAGCGAAAACCCCCACUUCUGGAGCCCUGGCAGGCAUGCCUGCAGCUUCUUCUGAAUCCCCGAAGACCCCCGAGCGCAGUGGCUACAGCAGUCCCAGCACCCCCAAAUCCCCCGGCAGCCGCUCCCACACGCCGGGCCAGGCGUCCGCGUCCGCCGCCAAAGAGGCGAAGAAGGUGGCGGUGGUGCGCACUCCGCCCAAGUCCCCGGCCUCCGUCAAGAACCGCGCGCCUGUCCCGCUGGCCCCGAUGCCCGACCUCAAGAACGUGAGGUCCAAGAUCGGCUCGAUCGACAACAUCAAGCACAUGCCUGGGGGCGGAAAGGUACAAAUUAUUAAUAAGAAGAUGGACCUUACUAGUGUUCAGUCUAGGUGUGGCUCCAAAGACAAUAUCAAGCAUAUCCCAGGAGGGGGCACUGUCCAAAUCGUUCACAAAAAGAUUGACCUGAGCAACGUCACAUCAAAGUGUGGAUCCAAGGACAACAUUCGUCACAAACCAGCUGCCCUCACUCUGCAAGGGGGGUCUCAGCCUCCUCGUCCUCUGGCCAGGAGGUCAGCCCUCAGCCAAGCGGGAGGGGGCAAUGUGGAGAUCAAAUCGGAGAAAAUGGAUUUCAAGGUCCAGUCGAAGAUUGGGUCUCUGGGCAACAUCGGCCACGUUCCUGGAGGUGGUAACAAGAAGAUUGAGAGUCACAAACUGACCUUCCGCGAGCAGGCCAAAGCCCGCACAGACCACGGCGCGGAGAUCGUCUACAAGUCCCCCACGGUCUCCACAGACGGCUCGCCCCGCCGCCUCAGCAACGUCUCCUCCACCGGCAGCAUCAACAUGAUGGACUCGCUGCAGCUCGCCACGCUAGCCGACGAGGUCUCUGCGUCCCUGGCCAAGCAAGGCUUGUGAUUUCUCUCCCGGGCUCGCCCUCCCCCCAGCAAGGCUCCAGCCCGAGGAUCCCCAGGAAAAAGACCCCCCCCCCCCCACCUUCCCUCCUUCCUUUACCACAACCCCUCGCAGGAGUUUUUCUAACUGGUUACCAGAGCAGCCUGUCUCUAACCUCCCUUUUUGCAGACCAGUUUUUUGGGGCAUGACAUGUAGACCCAGAUCCAAAAUAGAGUACAGUGCCGUCAUUCGAAGAAGAAAAAAAAAUCCGAUUUAGUGCAGAUCCCUUUAUGGAGAUGUUUGCAUUU